CAGUCGACAUCACAAGAUCUGCUGCUCUCCUCCUCCGCGCUCCGAAAUUAGUUUCUGGAUUUUCCAUUCCGUUUAAUUUGUAAUUAGAAAAGAAACUCGUAUUUCUCAUCAAGUUUAGUUGAUUCACAGCAAAAAAAUGUCGCUACACUCUGCUGGCAAAGGAAAACUCUUGGCUGUCAUUGGUGACGAGGACACAUGCGUUGGUUUUCUACUGGGAGGUGUUGGCGAGAUCAAUAAGCACCGCCAUCCGAACUUCAUGGUGGUUGACAAAAAUACAGCUGUUGGUGACAUAGAGGAAACUUUUAAGAAAUUUAUCAAACGAGAUGACAUUGACAUCAUCCUCAUCAAUCAAAAUAUUGCGGAAAUGAUUAGACACGUGAUUGACAGCCAUACACAACCCAUCCCAUCGGUGUUGGAAAUUCCAAGUAAAGAUCAUCCUUACGAUGCUAGCAAAGAUUCGAUUCUUCGACGUGCUAAGGGAAUGUUUAAUCCAGAAGAUAUUCAUUAAUUCCCGCGUCUAUUAAUAAUGGAACUUUGCAAUUUAUGAAUCAUGUAAAUUAAAAGAAAUUGUGAAUUAUAUUUAUUAGUCUAACUGUUUAUCGUGUAUUACUGUACAGUAUUGUUAUGAUGUAUGUUAAUUCCACAAUGUAAUCUUCUGCAAAAAAAAAAAAAUUAAUUUCUUGCAUGUUUUGAUGCAGAAGUGUUGUAUUAUAAAAAAUAAACUAAAAUUUGUUUCACCAAAA